GUGCAUUUGUUGGUCCAGGUGUAUUUGUUGGUCCAGGUGUAUUUGUUGAUCCAGGUGUAUUUGUUGGUCCAGGUGUAUUUGUUGAUCCAGGUGUAUUUGUUGGUCCAGGUGUAUUUGUUGAUCCAGGUGUAUUUGUUGGUCCAGGUGUAUUUGUUGGUCCAGGUGUAUUUGUUGGUCCAGGUGUAUUUGUUGAUCCAGGUGUAUUUGUUGAUCCAGGUGUAUUUGUUGAUCCAGGUGCAUUUGUUGAUCCAGGUGUAUUUGUUGAUCCAGGUGCAUUUGUUGGUCCAGGUGUAUUUGUUGGUCCAGGUGUAUUUGUUGGUCCAGGUGUAUUUGUUGGUCCAGGUGUAUUUGUUGAUCCAGGUGUAUUUGUUGAUCCAGGUGCAUUUGUUGAUCCAGGUGUAUUUGUUGGUCCAGGUGUAUUUGUUGAUCCAGGUGUAUUUGUUGAUCCAGGUGCAUUUGUUGAUCCAGGUGUAUUUGUUGGUCCAGGUGUAUUUGUUGAUCCAGGUGUAUUUGUUGGUCCAGGUGUAUUUGUUGAUCCAG